UUUGAAGCGUGCUGCGGUGGCGUGUUGUCUGCUGUACAGCCAGGCAGGUAGAGCUGCGGUGCAACGGCGAGCAUGGCAGCGCUGCUAUUUCGACUCAUUCCGAGGGAUUUCAAGCUCGUUCCCCGAGAAGUUCGGCAUCACGCGUCCAAAUGGAACUUGAGACGAAAUCUGCAUGCCUCGCGCACUGCAAGCAGCAUUCCACAUCGUCCGGUGGCAUCACACAGGCAAGCCCGUCUGCCUGCAUUGCGCCCCUUGCACACCAGCUCGUGGCUUCAGGAAAUUGUGGCAUUCAAGCUCUCUGACAUUGGCGAGGGUAUCAGCGAAGUGACAAUCAAAGAAUGGUAUGUCAAGCCUGGGGACAAAGUAAAUCAGUUUGACAGCAUCUGUGAAGUGCAGAGUGACAAGGCGUCAGUUACCAUUACAAGCCGCUACGAUGGCCGAAUAAAGAAGCUGUACCAUGAAGCCGAUGACACCUGCAAGGUUGGGUCUCCGCUUGUCGACAUCGAGGUUGAUGACGACUCGCUCAGUUCAUCGGAUGAUGAUGAAGUCCAGGACCAGGACAUCAAGUCUCAGCGCAGUGAUGAAGAGCAGCCCUCGGCACCCUCAACCACUGAGCCUGGUGGUGGACAAGGAGACAGAGUGCUCACGACGCCUGCAGUUCGUCGGAUUGCCAUGGAGAACAAUAUACGUCUCACUGAUGUGACGGGCACAGGCAAGGAUGGACGCAUCCUGAAGGAAGAUGUCCUGCGCUACAUAGAGCUCAAGCAAGCACCAAAACCAUCAGCACCAGCCAAGGCAGCACCCGCAGCUGCUUUGAAGCAGGCAGCACCAAUUCCAGCUCCAGUUCCUCAAAAGCCAGUUACAGUCAAGACCUUGAAAGCUGUUGAAGACCGUGUUGAGCAGGUGAAAGGCAUCCGCAAAGCCAUGGCCAAGACCAUGGCACAGUCUCUGGCCAUCCCACACUUUGGCUAUUGCGACGAGAUCGACGUUACACGACUUGUAGAGCUACGACCAAUACUCAAGCCGCUUGCUGACCGCGUCGGUGUACGGCUGUCUUACAUGCCUUUCUUUGUGAAGGCCCUGUCCAUAUCGCUGUUCGAAUAUCCCAUCCUCAACGCUUACGUGGAUGAUAAAGUUGAGAACAUCACGAUUAAGGGCGCCCACAAUGUUGGCAUUGCCAUGGACACCCCACACGGCCUUGUGGUACCUGUUGUGAAGAACGUGGAGUCCAAGAACAUCAUGGAGAUUGCCGCUGAUCUCAACCGACUCCAAAAUUCGGGUGCGGCAGGGCAGUUACAGCAGGAGGAUCUCUCCGGUGCCACCAUCACGUUGUCCAACAUUGGCGCGGUUGGUGGAACUUACGCCAAACCUGUCAUUGCUAGACCAAUGGUGUGCAUUGGAGCAAUUGGAACAAUUCAGAAGCUGCCACGAUUUGAUGCUGACGACAACUUAAUAAAGGCGCACAUCAUGCAAGUCAGUUGGUCUGCCGAUCAUCGAGUCAUCGACGGUGCAACCAUGUCGCGGUUUUCGAACUUGUGGAAGAUGUACCUGGAGACACCUGCGAUGAUGCUGGUCCACCUGAAAUAGACUUCAGCUAUUAUGCAAGUGUGCAGUUUGUGACUGUUUAAAACGUCAGGGAACAGACCUGGACUGGAUGGAAUUGCUGCUAUGUGUCCUGUACUAUCUCCUAUGGAGUACUUGUGAAUAGCAUUGGCGUCUAGACACAAGUUGCACUCCAUCAUCCAAUGAGGGAUGGUCAGCUGCUCAUGGACAGUGUUUAUUGCCAUGCCUUCGCAUCUGCAAAGUCCAUGACAGAUAAAAACAGGGCACCUCAGUGUCUGUUAGGCAAAAGGCUUCAAGUGGCAGCGACCAAGUGUUGUAUCCAGUAAGUAAGCGCGGGUGGUAAUGGAAGUUUUUCAGGACCGAAGUCUAAGAUGCCAACUUACAGGACCACCGGCCAUCUAGCCUGUACUAUUGUGGGGGCUUUGUAGAAAGCAAGUCAACAUUUAAAAACACCUUGCAGCAGAUGCAUACUGUUGUUUACUGUCACCUACUACCGUGUAUCGGUGAAGGUAACAUUUGGCAGCAGUCACAUCUUAUCAUGUCAAAGUGAGCAAUGCAAAUAAUUUAAUUCAGUGUCCUUUCAUAAAUUUUAAUGUCAAAUUCAAUAGAAUUUCCCGUUUCCUCCUGCUGACAGUCUUUGUAAAACAUUGAAGCACAAAAAGAUUUGUUAAUCUCCAAACAACCUCUCUGCCUUUUAUUUUCAUGUUAUUUUCUGGAAUUAGCCUCUGAUAAACAUGUAAGCUGGCAAUUCCACUGCUCUGCAUUAUAAUAUACCAAGCAGCAAAUAAUGCUACCUUUAGAGCUUGACGUUGCCAAUGCUAUGGUGAGCAGGCAACAUGCAAGUGCUGAUAGGUAAAAAAAAAUGAACUAAGCCAUAAUGUAAUGACAUAUUAAGCUGUUUAGUUGUUUGAUAAGGCUGUAUUGUGCACUUGAUCGGCAUCUCAUAUCUUUGUCCAGCUUCAAUAUUUCUAUAGCCCACAACAUGAUUCGAACACCUGCGGCAUACCAUUAAAGAAGAAUGGUUUUCUGUAGUGCAUUAUGCCAUCAACUAUUGUGUGGCAUUUUCGCAUUUAGAGCCUGUGCUUACAAAGUGGUAUAAAAACUGAACCACUAAGUUUCUCUAUUGUAGAGGCAAAGUGCAAGACUAGCUAUGCAUGCAAUGAAACAAUCUUUUUUAAGUAUCAAUUGACUAACUUUGCUGUGCCAAAUGUGCAUUGAGUACAAACAUUUAGUUUAUGAAAGCUCGAGACCUCUAGGUACACUGGUGAGACUUAUUUAGCAGCGAUGAUUAGCAAUGCAAGGAACAUCAGCAAUUCGAAUGACCAGUGACUGGGAACAACAGGCUUCGACACAAAGGUUCACCUUAGUUGUGAGGACAAUCGGAUUUCUUGUGAUAGCUGUGUUUGCUCUUUUUUUUUAUGGAGCUUUCAUUCUUCUUUUCUACUUUUCACUUGUCGUCUAGUGCUUUUUUUUUCCUAUGUUGAAAUGUCUGCAUCCUUCUAAUAGUUCUGUGGUCCCCAUUCAUUCAAAACUAUUUGUUGCCAAUAUACUAGCAUGUACAAAUACUGUUGCCAUACAUCACAGUGACAAAAAUGCUGAGGGGGCAUGGAUAUCAGCAUUGGUUUGAAUAAAGACUAUGACAAGCCAGA